AUGGCGCGGUACGUCGAGGCUGGAAAGGACGGGAGGGUGACUUACAGCCAGUUCGCCUGUAUCGGAAGCGGUUUCGCGGGCAUUGGCAUGGGCGCGCAGCUGAAGCGAUGGUACGGCAUUGAGGACAUCCAGUUCUUCGAGCGGCACCACACGCUGGGCGGGACGUGGUUCAUCAACAAGUACCCAGGGUGCGCCUGCGAUGUCCCUAGCGCGCUGUGUAGCUUCUCGUUCGAGGCCAACCCCAACUGGACCAGGGUCCUGCCGACCUACUCGGAGCUGUGGGAGUACCUCAACCGGGUCGCCCACAAGUACGACCUGGUCAGGAAGAUGGCCUUUAACGUCUCGGUCGAGCGCUGCGAGUGGGUGGAGGAGCGGGCGAGGUGGCGCAUGACUAUCCGCCACCUCAAGUCGGGGGCCGUCUACUUCCACGAGUGUCAGUUCCUGUUCGUCGGAACGGGCGCCCUGGUGACCCCCAAUGAGAUCGAUGUGCCGGGUGCCGAGAAUUUCAAGGGCGUCAUCUGCCACACCGGUAAGUGGAGGCCGGAUAUCGACCUCGAGGGGAAGAGAGUGGUGCGCUUCGGCAACGGCUGCACCGCGGCGCAGGUCGUCCCGUCCAUCGUACACAAGGUCAAGUCCCUGACGCAGAUCAUCCGGUCGAAGCACUGGAUCUUCCCGCCCAUCGACAGGAAGGUCCCGGACUUGAUCCGCCUCGUCGUGAAUCGCAUCCCCGGCAUGACGGCCCUGCAGCGAUUCGCCGUCUUCGCCAUGGCCGAGUACGCCUUCCUGGGGUUUCCGCUGACAAGGGCUGGCAAGAUGUUCCGCGAGAGGCAGAGGCGGGUCAACGAGGGCUACAUGCGGGCCACGGCGCCCGAGAAAUACCAUGACCUGCUGAUCCCGGACUUCGAGGUCGGCUGCAAGCGGCGCAUCUUCGACGCCGGGUACCUCCAGAGCCUCCACGCCGACAACAUGACGCUGACUAACGACAAGGCGUUGGAGAUCGUGCCGGAGGGCGUGCGGACGGACAAGAGGCUGAUCGAGGCCGACGUUAUCAUCGUGGCCAUCGGCUACCACACCAACGAGUUCGCGGCCGGCAUCGACAUCAUCGGGCGCCGCGGCGAGACUCUGCAGAGCCACUGGGAGUCAUUUGGCGGGCCUACGGCCUACCUCGGUUCAGCGCUGAACGGGUUCCCCAACUUCGUCCUGCUUUUAGGCCCCAACGUCGUGACGGGGCACACGUCGGCCAUCAUGGCCCUGGAGAACAACAUCAACUACUCACUGCGCGUACUCAAGCCGGUGCUGGAGGGCCGCGCGACCACGGCGGAGCCGAGGCGCGAGGCGGAGCAGGACUACACGGACGAGAUGCAGAACGCGCUGCAAAAGACGGUGUGUAACUCGGGCUGCCGGAGCUGGUACUUUGUCAAGAGGAAAGACGGCAGCUUGAAGAAGUGGAACGCCAUGAGCUACCCCUACUCUCAGGUGUACUUCUGGUACCGCUGCCUGUUCCCCAUCUACUCGCACUGGUAG